CCUGACUCGACACAAAAUUUCCUCCUCACAGGGGAGAAUCAUCGUCUGACCUGCCUGUAUAUACCCGCUUGACGUCGAGGCACACAAUAGUGGUUCUUACUCCAGGAGCAUCCGUGCAUGGUUCAGAACAUAUCCGCGAUUUCCCCGGCACUCCACCAUGGCCCCCUCGGCCAUUCCCGCAGCAGACAUUAAGUCGUUUAACGUCUACUUAAAAGGGUGCAGGCGGAUCAUUGCCCUAUUAGGAGCCGGUAUCUCCGCUUCUUCAGGACUUCCCACCUUUCGAGGAGCCGGAGGCCUAUGGCGAUCCUACGACGCGACAGAGCUGGCGACGCCCGAGGCAUUCGAUGCGAACCCCGAUCUGGUAUGGCAAUUUUAUAGUUAUCGGAGACACAUGGCCCUCGAGGCACAGCCCAAUCGCGCACACUACGCCUUGGCCGAGCUUGCCCGAAAAAACAAAGACUUCAUUACGCUGAGUCAGAAUGUGGAUGGCCUUUCGCAACGGGCGAAACACCCGGCACAGCAACUCCAUCUUCUCCAUGGCUCUCUUUUCACAGUAAAGUGUACAUCCUUCUAUUGCAGUUACUCACGCGAAGACUUUAACGACCCAAUUGUCCCUGCCCUCGCACUGCCAAAGAAUGCUCCCAAGCUGAGCCCGUCCACCGAGGACAAAACAGGCAGAGAAGCCUCUCAAUCGCUAUCCAAUGCGCUGGGGGCAGAUGAGGAUAUGGCAGUUGAUAUAUCGGACGAACGCGUUCCUCUUUCGCCACUGAGCACAGAUGUGCUCCCACACUGCCCAGAAUGCAAAGAUGGGCUUUUACGUCCCGGGGUGGUGUGGUUCGGAGAGAGCUUACCAUUACACACUCUUGAUCGGGUGGAUCAAUGGUUAAAUAAAGGUAGCGUCGAUCUGAUAUUAGUGAUUGGCACAAGCUCCAGGGUAUACCCUGCAGCAGGAUAUGUGGAUAAGGCACGGGAAAGAGGAGCCAGAGUUGCGGUAGUCAAUAUGGACCGGAAAGAUGUCGGUUCUUCAGGACUGAUGCCCGGAGAUUGGUUCUUCGAAGGUGAUGCGAGUGCUGUUGUCCCGGAAAUUCUGAAGGGGGUGAUAGGGGAGGUGUGAGCUGUAAACCAGUUUAUUAGACUGUACAAACAAAGGCAUGCAGUUCCGACGCACCUAGUUGGCCUAGGCAACCGUCGACGCCCGUCCCCUUUAAACUCAGCACCCACGUGCAGGAGUAAAUAGAAUUAUCUCCAGCCAUCACCC